CGAACAAAUCCUCGCUGGCGCGCGCCAGAAACACGGUUCAGCGACGAACCCGCCUGCAGCAACCGAUUGUUGGAGAAGCGCACCAGCUACAGCCUCGCCUUCCACGAAGCCCAUCACGGAACUUUAUUUUCUCACGCUCUACAAAGAAGUCAUUGUAUUGCACCCGCGUCUCGGCAUUAUAUCAUUUGGCCGACCGACUUACUAGUUACGGAGCAACAUGGUCGCCAACGGCAAGAAUGGCGCCAAAGGCGGCGGCGCCGACUUGGAGAAAAUAAUCCACGAGGCUCGCGAUCGAAAGAAGAAUGAAGCGCUUGCCGCCAAGAUAUUUGGCAAAGACCGCCGCUCAAGCACCCCCGCCUCCAAACCAUCCCUUACCGGCAGCCUCGCCAGCCGCGCAGGUGUGAAGAAGCAGCGCGCCGAGCCUACCAGCCGCCCGCGGCAUAGCACGGGCAACAUUGACGGAGAAUGGACGCACGACCUGCACGAGACACAGACGCGGGGCCCCAGGGCCAACGGCCGAGCCAGCGGCAGCGGCGCCGGCUCCCUCGCCGCGCGCAUCACCGACCCGAAUGCACCGCCGACCGGACCAGCAAGCCACAGACGCCAGACGCGCCGUGCCGCCCAGGUAGCGCAAGCCCUGAUAAGGUCGGAGCUGCAGCCGUCCCACGGUCGGGGGCAGCACCGUCCGGCCCACCACGCGGAGGCGGGUGAAGCGAGGCCCACCAACGGCGCCAUUCCGACAGGGCCGAAGGCUAUGACGACGCCGACAAGCACAUUCAACAAGGGCAUCACGAUCCGGGGUCUGGCCGGCCCGUUUGUCGUCAUGGCGCAGAACUUUGCCCCGGGCACAACGGCGGCCGACAUCGAGAGCGCCGUGACCCCUGUGGGCGGUAUCGUCAGCAGCUGUCGGGUGGUGAAGCAGCACCCGCUGGUGAUUGCCGAAAUCGUUUUUGAGAGCAAGGAGGGUGCCGACAACGUGAUUGCCACGUUCAACAACCAGACAGCCGAUGGCCGCGUCCUGAACGUCUACUACAAAGUCGGCAACGCCCCCGCCACCCCCGCCAACCCAACACCGGCCCGCCCCUCGUCGGAUAACGACAUGGUGGUAGACGGGUCGUAUGGCUUCGACGAGGCGACGGAUGCGGAGCCCAGAACCGCGAAACAACCCCCCACAGGCCCGGCAGCAGGAGUUGGUAGCGGUUUGUACAGCGACAACCUCGUCAAGACGAACCGCUGGGGCCGAGGCUUCAGCCGGGGUGGACGUUUCAGCGGGAGAUAGACCGUAUCCUUUCCAUCACGGCCGACUCUGGUACCGACCCUGCGCACGUUGAAUAUGUCGAUAGAUCUUUUGAGUGUAUGAGUUGCGAGCAUUCUUCCCUUUCUGUUUCUAAUGGUGGGAGUGGGUAAUUAUGAAGAGCUUCGGGGUGCAGGGAGAGUGUCGUGAUAUUAGGUAGUUGAGCACGGCGUACAUUGGCGUUUCAGGUCUCAUGGUGGGAAAGGUUGGACAUGAGGACUGGGCUAGAGUAGCAUAUGGGCAGACAACCGAAAGGGCAAUGGGUGUGCCUUUGCGCGCUAAAUAAACAAAGAGAAAUAACUGGCGUUCAACGCCGCCCAUCCCCUAAAUCUAAAAUCAUCAACCUUCCUAUGUUCUGAAAGCAUUGGAUGGAUAUUUGGG